AUGGUGUUGGCCAAAUCCAAGAACGCCGUGGGGCUGGGCAACAGCCUCAUGAAGGACCGGUUCGGCAAAGGCAAGGCCUCGAACCAGAAGAAGGCCUCACACAACGCCGGCAUCGUCCGCAAGGACAUGAACGGCGAAACCUACGUCACCAACGCGCAGCAGGACGCCUCGUGGGUUAAGAUGCGCAGUAUCACCGAGCAGGCGGCGCUGGACGAGUUCCUGAGCACCGCCGAGCUGGCGGGCACCGACUUCACCGCCGAGAAGAUGAACAACGUCAAGAUCAUCCACACCGACCAGAAGAACCCCUACCUGCUGUCCGCCUCCGAGGAGAAGUCCGCCAUCACCAAGCACCGCCAGAACCGCGGCCGGCUGACUGUGCCGCGCCGGCCUCAGUGGGACGCCUCCACCACCCGCCAGCAGCUGGAGCAGCUGGAGAAGGAGAGCUUUUUGUCCUGGCGCCGCGGCCUGGCCGAGCUGCAGGAGAACCAGGACCUGCUGAUGACCCCCUUCGAGCGCAACCUGGAGGUCUGGCGCCAGCUGUGGCGCGUCAUCGAGCGCUCCGACCUCGUCGUCCAGAUCGUCGACGCCCGAAACCCCCUGCACUUCCGGUCGGAGGACCUGGAGGCCUACGUUAAGGAGCUCGACCCCCGGAAGCAGAACCUGCUGUUGGUGAACAAGGCCGAUAUGUUGACGGAGAAGCAGCGGGUUAUGUGGGCGGACUACUUCGAUCGCCAUAACAUCAGUUUCCGGUUCUUCUCGGCGCACCUGGCCAAGGAGCAGAACGAGGCCCGUCUCCUCGCGGAAGGGUCUGGAUCGGAGAGCGACAGCGAAGUUGAUGAGCAGGAGGAGCAGGAAUUGGCGAAGAACACCCAGGCCAUGAACAUUCAGGACGGCGAAGCGCAGCGGGAAGAACAUGACGGCGGAUCGGAGCUGCCUUCUUCGUCCGCCAGCAAGCGAACGGAGAUCCUCAACGUGGACGAGCUGGAGGAGCUCUUCCUGUCUAACACGCCCGACACCCUCCCCGUCAACAACACGCCCGACGGCGAGCCCAUCAAGCGGAAGACGACCAUCGGUCUGGUCGGAUACCCCAACGUGGGUAAAUCCAGCACGAUCAACGCGCUCCUGGGCGCCAAGAAGGUGUCCGUGUCGGCCACCCCCGGUAAGACCAAGCACUUCCAGACGCUGUACCUGUCGCCGGAGAUCAUGCUCUGCGAUUGUCCCGGUCUGGUGUUCCCCAACUUCGCGACCACCAAGGCCGACCUCGUGGUCAACGGUGUCCUCCCCAUCGACCAGCAGCGCGAGUUCACGGGGCCGGCCUCCCUGGUCGCCCAGCGCAUCCCCAAGCACUUCCUCGAGAACGUCUACGGCGUCAAGAUCCUCAUGCGCUCCGUCGAGGAAGGCGGCACCGGCAUCCCGACUGGCAGCGAGGUGCUGCGCGCCUACGCCCGCGCCCGCGGCUUCUCCACGCAGGGGCUGGGCCAGCCCGACGAGUCGCGCGCCGCCCGCUACGUGCUGAAGGAUUACGUCAACGGCAAGCUCCUCUUCUGCCACCCGCCCCCGGUCGACGACGGCGGCGCGCCCAUCGACCCCGCCGAGUUCAACAAGGAGCUCUACGACCUGGCCCACCUCCCGGAGCGCCGACAGGCCCAGCUCGCCAAGAUGAUGGCGGCCGACCCCCUGGGCGCCAACGUCGACCCGGAGACCCUCUCCCUCCUCGGCGUCACCGGCACCAAGCAGCAACCCGUGCAGGGCUCGCUCGCCCGCAACCUGGACAGCGGCUUCUUCGGCCCCGGCGCCUCCUCCUCCCGCGGCCAGAUGAUGCUCCCCUUCAACUCGCAGUACACCGAACAGGGCCAGCAGAUGCGCAAGCAGCUGACCGGCCGCAAGGAGCGCAUGAUGGUCGCCCUGGAGCGCGGCAUGGAUGUCUCCGAGGUGCGCAGCGCCAACUCGAAGAAACACUUCAAGGCCAACAAGAAGCGGGCCAAGAAGGUGCGCAAGAACGGCACCACUGAAGAUGAUUAUUAG